AUGACGACGAAAAACAACGACCCUCUGUCAGUUGAGGAGCUUUCGGUUGGAGAAGAAAAGGAGGAGGAGGAGGAGAAGAAGGAGAAAGCAGGCGGAGAGUGGAGGCGGGAACCACAGGUAAAAAAGUUAGCUUAACUGUUAGCUAGGCACGGUGCGUUCACGGACUUGAAUGUUCAAACAUAUUUUUACUUAAAUGUUCUUUUGAAUUAAACUGUUUCGACUGAAACUGGAAUGGUAUUUACUCUUGUAUAAAACAGAUCCUUUUAAUUAUGAUCGAAUACAAGCAAAUUUUUAAUUAGGAGAGUCGUAAAAAAUAUAAAUGUUAACUAGUAAACACCUGCAUUUGUUUGUUUUAUUUUUACAUACAUAUAUACAUUUUUUCUUUUCCUUUUUUGUUUUGUUUUCUCCAUUGGUUUUAUAAAAUGUAUUAUUAUUAUUACUAUCAUUAUUAUUAUUAUUAUUAUAAUUAUUAUUAUUAUUACUAUUAUCCUUUUCCUCAAAUUGCUGUAAUUAGGCUGUAAAGCUUAAUUGGAGUUUGCAAUAUUUUCUUUGUACUUUUAUGGUGACAUGCAGAUACUCUGUGUUCAUUCAUUAACUAUGCCUUGUUUUAAUGUUUUCUCCUGUCUGCAGGUUCCUGUGAAGGUGUUUCGAGGUCACAGCGAUGCUGUUAAUAAAGCCCAGCUUUGCUUCAAUGACAGCCGUGUCCUCAGCUGCUCCUCAGACCGCAGUGCCAUCCUCUGGGUAAACAUCUUUUUCAUGAAUAAACUGUUUUUCUGUAAAGUUUUAGUGAGUCUGUCUCAGUCCUUUUUGGCUGUUCAUGCAGGUGAUCAAAUAACAGCUAUUAUUUAUUGCCUCAAAAGUUUCUGUGGUCAGCAGAUGCUCACAGUAGAGUUUUUGACCUUGGCAGGAUGUGAAGAGCGGCAGACCUCUGAGGGUGUUUGAUGGUCUUCACAGUGAAACCAUCUCUGCGUGCGCUCUGAUCCCCAACAGCAACAGGUCAGUCUGGAUUUAAGAUGAGGCGUUUCUCUCUUUGUGUUCAUAAUUAAUGGACUCUUUGUGUCUGUAAGGAUGGUGACAGUCUCCUGGGAUAAGAAGAUGGUGGUCACAGACCUGGAGACUGGACAGACUCUGGUAAGAAGUUCAGGCUUCAUUGAAUUUAUAUGACCGAGGAGAUACAGUGCAGCUUUGUACAAACAUUUUGAUUCAUGUCGGGUUAUUGUUCUAGUGGAAGCGCAGACUCUCCGGCCUGCUGACCUCCUGCGACUCCUCAUCUGACGGCCGGCUUCUCGUCUGUGCUGCAGAUCCUCAGAGGAGCAUUUACAUCAUGGACACAGCUGAAGGACAGACGCUGCACCACGUCAUCGGUAAGACCCCUCAGUCUGGUUACAGUAUUUGGACUUAAAAGCAGUUUCUAAAGUGUUUGUUCUUCGUCUCAGAUCAUCACCACUCUACCAUCACACGGUGUCGGUUUGAUCCUCAGACACAGCGAGUGGCCACAGUGUCUGCAGACCGAGGCAUCAAACUGUGGGACCUGCAGACCAGGAAAACCACAGUGUCCAUCCGCAGGUGAGCAAACCUCCAUUCUUUGUACUUUUAAACAUUUGAAACCAGCUAAAUUAUCUCUUCACUUCCUGUGUUGUCGCUGUUGUCCACGUCUCUCCUACAGUAACCACAGUAACGUUGUCUCUGACUGCUGCUUCACCAAUAACGGGCGCUUCCUUUGCACGGCAUCGUGGGAUAAAAGUUUGAAGCUGUGGGACUUGCAGACAGGAGGGUUUCGUUCACACGGUGGGACGUCACUGCAGAAAGGUCAUGAAGGCAGCGUCAGCUCCUGCUGCUUCUCCUCCGACGGUGAGAGCUCUGCAUACCCUCAAAUCUCUGUCCUGAAGAGUUGGUUUGGUUCAUGAGGACAGUCUGCGGCUCUCCAGAUUUUAAGAAAGAUUCUUAUUCUUUCUUUUUGGCUCGGCUUUCCCUCAUGUGCACAGAAACCCUGCUCGUGUCUGGCUCCUAUGAUCGAACUGUGGCAUUCUGGGAUAGGUACACCCUCUGCAGGAUUCUCAGCCUGAAGGUAACUACACACUAGGCUUUGUUCAGCUGACUAUGAAGGAAGUUAGGAUAGAAAAUAAGAUAUAAGUCCAGGGCUCAAUGUUUGAUCGCUCACGCUGCACCUGCUUCUUCAGGGGUAUUUAAUGCAUUGAAUAAAUAACAAGGUGAUGUGCCUUUUAAAAUGAAGGUGGAGUUAGAAAUGAGUGGAGAGUCUGCACAGGCAGCUUUUCCAUGAGGUCGAAUAAAAGUAGAAACCAAAGUGACGUAUUUAUGACUUUUGUCUUUCUCACAGGGACACACGGAUUGGGUGACAGAUGUUUCAGUCAGCGCCGAUAAGAAGUUGGUGUCCUCUGCCUCCAAGGUACUGAGCUCUCUGUGCGAUCACAGACCGUGUUACUUAUCUGCAUUUAAUUUGACUUUUAGACGUUUUAAACUGCUUUACUUUGUGCAAGACUUUUGGGAUACAGUUGGAAACUCUGAACUCCCGACAAGAAAUAUUCUGCAAGAUCUCCAAAACGUCUCACCCAUCAUACUUUCAUGUAGGAAUUGAGGGCAUGUUUGGGAUGAACUCCUCUGGAUUUUGUUAACUAUCCCUCGCUUCUUCCACAGCAGGUUUUUUUUACUGUCGACUCUUGGUCUUGUACACCUCGACAAGCAGGUUCUUACUGGACUCUGGGCCUCCAUCUGCUGUCUUUGUUCUCUGCAGGACUGCAGCGUCAGACUGUGGAACAUAGAAAACAUGGAAGAAAUCCCAGAAGUAGCAGAGAAGAGGGCUGAAGAAGCUGGACUCUACAUCCUCAAGGUAGAAAGGAUGCCGAGGCGGUUUCAGGUCUCUUUUGGUUCAACUUAAAGCCACUGUGACGAAGUUUUUAGACAGUUAGAGGGGAAGCAAGCAUCAGUGCUAAAACCUGUUUAGGACCAACACGAGAAAAUUAGACCUUUAGUAGCAAGACUGAUAAUUCUUCAUCCUUGUAGAAACUGCAUGAAAAACUGCAUGUUACUAAAACAUUUUUAGUUCAGAUAAAUUCCUGAUAAGAGAUUGAAGUUUGGACGUUUCCUAUCUUGAUUUAUUUUAGGACCUUAAAGACGUUCAGAUGUUUGAUUUCUGACAGAAACGUGUCUCUUGUUCAGUGUGAGGAGUGUGGAAAGCCGUUUCCUGUGUCCAGACGUCAGACCUCAGAUCUGCUGACAAAAUGUGUCUUCUGUCGACUGAAAUCGCCCUUAAGAUACCAACCUCAGCCUCCACCUGUCAUGUGA